GUGACAUGGGCUCCAGGCUCACCAGGCAGAGGAGCCUCGAUCUGGAGAGCAGGUGGUCCAAGAGGAGACGCCAGAGGAAUGACGCGCCGGGAGAGGGGGACCGGAGCGGCGGUGGGGGGGACUUCUUGUUCACCUCGCUGAUGCUCAGGUCCGACAAGCUGCCGGGGAUGAUGCGCAGGAGCAGCCGCAGCCCGUACGUCCGCCGGGUGGCGUGGAUCCGGGAGAUCCAGCGGCUGCUGCGGGAGCAGAGGAUGGAGCAGGCGACCGAAGUGCUCCGGCUGCUGCGGAAGGACCUGGGCCUCCAGGGGACGUCGCUGAAUGACAUCUUGUACAAGAACGCAGCCUUUCUCAACCUGGUGGACCCCAUUUCUCACGAGCUGCUGCUGAGUCUGGCUCGGGACCUGCAGUGUCCCAAAAGGGAGAAAGAAUCCCUCAAGUCGACCAACAAGAUCUGCCGCCAGCUGCUGUACCACCUGACCCCUCACUCCAAGUGGACGAGACAGAGCGUGCCCAGGAGGAAGUCUCAGGCGUGUCUGAAGACGACGCUGAAGAAGAAAGUGUCGGGCGAUGUGGUCAACCUGUCCGGCAUCCCUCUGUCCAGCCGGGACGUCCACCGCGUGGCCUUCUACCUGCAGAGCGGCAGCGACGCGGUGACGGCCGUGGACCUCAGCUUCACCGAGCUCCAGGACGAGAGCUUACGGCUGCUGCUGCCUCACCUCGGCGGCCUGCCCAAACUCACCAUACUGGCCGUCAAUGGCAACCGUCUGACGGUGGGCAUUCUGAAGGAGCUGACGGACACGGUCAAAGAUCCAAAGAAGUUCCCCUGCCUGGCCUGGAUCGACCUGGGCAACAAUGUGGACAUCUUCACCGUGCCGCAGCCGCUGCUCGUAGCCCUGCGGCGGCGCUUCGGCCUGCGCAGCAGCCUCCCGACCAUCUACGAGUACAAUGAGGCGCAGGCAUUCGGUCGCUACAACCCAAACAUGGAGACCUCAGUGGAGGAGCCCAGCCUGUGUGAGGAGGGCGAAGUGGAGGAGAGGGAGGAGGAGGUGGACAGGCUGGAACUCCGGGCCUGGGACUUUGGGGCAGAAAACGUGUCAAAAACUGUCCCGCUGCACUUCAGUGGGAGGUGA